AUGAUGUGGAUACACGGCGGACAGUUCAUCAGGGGGUCAAGCGAGGUCAUCUUAUAUGACGGGCAGUACUACGCCAAUAAGACAGGAGUCGUUGUUGUAACGUUCAACUACAGACUGGGUGUCCUUGGCUUCUUGACAGCUGGCACCGGGAAGAACGCAUCCAAAGGUAACUACGGGAUUAUGGACCAGCGACUGGCGAUGCAAUGGGUGCAGGAGAACAUCGAUGCGUUUGGUGGCGAUCCAAAACAGGUCACUCUAUUUGGUGAAAGUGCCGGCGGUAUGUCCAUCAGUGUUCAUCUCUGUAAUAACCAAUCAGCGGACCUGUUCAAGCAGGGCAUCAUCGAGAGCGAUCCACUGGGAAUCCCAUACAGAACGCAGGACGAAGCCACCAGACUUGGCAAGUACUUUGCAGAAGAGCUAGGCUGUCACCAUGACGACAUGACGUGCAUGGCGGGAAAACAGCCGCAAGAUAUCAUCGUUGCUCAGACUAAGGCAGGGAACAAACUGCAAGUGAGUCUGAAGUAUCCCAUCGAGAUUUUCGUGCCGUGGGGUCCACAUGUGGACGGCGUGGAACUGCUAGAACAAACCGUGGACACUUUCCGAAAUGGACAUGCGCAGAAGAAGCCAAUCAUAAUCGGCACCACCAGUGAAGAAGCGGUCAUGUACGUGUAUGAGGGGUUCGGCAAGCCGGUGUCAGCUCUGGGGUACUACGAAUACAUGACUGGGUUUUUGCUGCCUUCGCUAGCGAUAGAACCGUGGAAAGUCUUAGAAGUUCUUCGCGAAUACCCGGCAGAUAAGAGCAGCGACGACCAAAGGCCAAUCAUGUCGACACUCGGGACUGAAUGGUUGUUCACAUGCGCGAACCGAGCGGCCGUGAGGGGUCACGUGGGUGCACAGAACGACGUGUUCCUGUACCAGUUUGCGCACGCGUUCUCCUUCCCAGGGUGGGGCCCGCACUUCCAGUUUUGUGUCAAUCACAGCUGUCACGGGGCGGAGCUUCCCUUCUCCUGGCACGGUAAUUCCAUGGACCUUUACACGUACACGGCUGAAGAAGUGACCCUAGCUGACCUCAUGGCCUGCUAUUGGUCCAACUUUGCCCACACAGGUAACCCCAACAACGGCCCAUGCCAAGAGAAGUCCGCCCCAGAAUGGCCUGCAUACGAUGACGACGCGCGGAAAUAUGUCCAAUUCCAGACGCCGGCCAGCAUGGCUAUGCAGGACCUGGAUGGUCCUAGCUGCAAUUUUUGGGAUUCAAUUAAUGACUACUAAUACAUGUAGGUUGAUACCUUUUGAGAGCAAUAUUGACACAAAUCUAGUUAUGAAAUCCCUGUGCUCACUCAUUGACGAGUGUUGCGAUCUUAACUUACAGGGCAUAUUAAAAGAUGCAUCCGCACUCGAAA